GGCUGGGUGCCCGGGCCCCAAGGGGAGGGGGCCACUGCUGGCGACCGCCAGAGGUCCGCGUCGUGGGCCCUCCCCCUCGCCUGCCAGCUCCGGUCCCGCCCCCGGAGCCGCGUCCGCUCACUCUGCUCCGGGCAGAGCAACUGCCGCCGGCGCACGACCAGGGCGCGGGCCUUCGGGGCAAGCGGCCCAUGGAGUCGGGGCUGCUGCGGCCGGCGCCAGUGAGCGAGGUCAUCGUCUUGCAUUACAACUACACGGGCAAGCUUCGCGGCGCGCGCUACCAGCCGGGCGCGGGGCUGCGUGCAGACGCCGUCGUGUGCCUGGCGGUGUGCGCCCUCAUCGUGCUCGAGAACUUGGCGGUGCUGUUCGUGCUGGGCCGCCACCCGCGCUUCCACGCGCCCAUGUUCCUGCUCCUGGGCAGCCUGACGCUGUCCGACCUGCUGGCGGGCGCGGCUUAUGCCGCCAACAUCCUGCUGUCGGGGCCCCUCACGCUGCGCCUGUCGCCCGCGCUCUGGUUCGCCCGUGAAGGUGGCGUCUUCGUGGCGCUCGCCGCGUCCGUGCUGAGCCUCCUGGCCAUCGCGCUCGAGCGCCGCCUCACCAUGGCCCGCCGAGGACCCGCGCCCGCCGCGCGUCGGGGCCGCUCGCUGGCCAUGGCGGCCGCCGCCUGGGGCGUGUCGCUGCUGCUCGGACUGCUGCCGGCGCUCGGCUGGAAUUGUCUGGGCCGCCUGGACACCUGCUCCACGGUCCUGCCGCUCUACGCCAAGGCCUACGUGCUCUUCUGCGUGCUCGCCUUCCUCGGCAUCCUGGCCGCCAUCUGCGCGCUCUACGCGCACAUCUACUGCCAGGUGCGCGCCAACGCGCGGCGCCUGCGGGGACGCCCCGGGGGCGCCCCGGGCCGCGCACGCCGCACGCCGCGCUCGCUGGCGCUCUUGCGAACGCUCACCGUGGUGCUCCUGGCCUUCGUGGCGUGCUGGGGCCCCCUCUUCCUGCUGCUCUUGCUCGAUGUGGCGUGCCCCGCGCGCGCCUGCCCGGUGCUCUUGCAGGCCGACCCCUUCCUGGGCCUGGCCAUGGCCAACUCGCUCCUGAACCCCAUCAUUUACACGCUCACCAACCGCGACCUGCGCUUCGCUCUCCUGCGCCUGGUCUGCUGCGGCCGUCGCCCCUGCCACAGAAGGCAGGACGCCUCCCAGGGCUCCGGGAGCCCCGCUGGGGCUUCGGAAGGCCUGAACCGCUGGCUGCCCCCUGGCUUGGAUGGCAGCUCCAGCCGCUCCGAGCGCUCAUCCCCGCAGCGGGACGGGCUGGACACGAGCGUCUCCGCUGGCGGCCCUGGGGCGCCCUUAGCCGCCCGGACCCUGGUACCUGCACCGGCCGCCGACUGAUGUCUUUUGGCCUGCCGUUACCCUCUCUAAGGGCCAUUUGGCAGACUUUUUCUUUUUAAAUAAGGAAUUGCUAGGAAAAGCAGCUGAAGAUGGUGGCGGCAGAAGAGACAAAGGGAAACGUGUUUUAUUUACGCUAAACCUCCGAGCAGUAAGUGAAACAGACAAAAAUCACGGCCCUCGUGGCAUUGACAUCCUGAUGGGGAACACAGGCACUAACAGUGAAGAGAUCAUGGAGGUAAUUGCAGCUGAUGCCUUCCAUGGUGGUCAGGGGAUGCUCCACUGCAGAAGUGUGACAUAUACUGUAAGCUGAGCCGUCAUUGCCCUGGGAACACUUGAAAGGAGAGCGUUGCAGGGUGAGGGAACGGCAGUGCAAAGGUCCUGAGGCCAGAACAUGCCUGUGCCUUCUCAAAAAAGCGAAGAUCUCCUCGUGGCUGGAGCAACAACGGGGGAGGGUAGUGGGAGGAAACAACGGCAGGAAUAUGAUGGGGCAGAGCCUUGUGGGGCUCCGUGGAGGACUUUGCUUUUACUCUGAGUGACGUGGGAGGCAGACAUUGGACUUGAUUUGCUUGAGAUGCUCACAGAUCUCUGUAAAGGGGGAAGGUCGAAGCUAGAAAAAGGUGAAAGUGCCUGCACUGGCCCAGAGGAGCAACGAUAGGGGCUCAGGCUAUGUGGACAGAAUUACUGAGGAAUUGAGUGUAGGCAUGAGAGAAAGAAAAGAAUCCUGUUUAGAGGAGGGAAUGUUAAAGACACGGCACCCUACACUAAAAUUUGACUGUGGAAGACAGCCAGUUCCUAUCUGAAACAAGAUUUCUUUGAGUGUGGUGUCAUAUCAUAAAAAAUUAAAAACCUAAUAAAAUAAUAAGAACAAUUACAGCUUACUGUGCAGGGCCAGUCGUCCCCACAGUGGUAGGCCCAGGACACACCUUUUCUUCACCCUUACUGCAACUUUGAAAGGCAGCUUUCCUCUUGACAGUUGAGCAGUGAGUACCUGGCCCAGUGGUGGGAGCCAGGCUACUAGCCCAGACUGCCAGGCUCCCAGGCCCUAAGGGGCACAGGCCUAGACUAGUGUCUGGCUCCUUCAGAGGGGCAUGGCAAGGGCAGACGCUCCCUCCCUGAGUGGUCUGCAUUCUUGUCUGGGGGCGAUACCAGGGGCCUGUUUGUGCCCAUAAAAGGCUCCAGGCAUGCUGGCUCUGGGUACCAGCUGUCCCUAGACGCAUUCCUGACCCCAGUGCUGCAUUGCGGCCCGGGGGAGGGGCAGGGGGCUUUGGGCUCAAACUACCGCGCGCCACUUGUCGGGAGACCCGUGUAACUGCAGGCAGCUGCAAAGACCCCAGUGUGUUCUGGGGGCCACGGACUCACCCUGGGGGCCCGAGUGUCCACUGGCCACGCUCAGGUAGUCCCUGCGGGCCAUAUGCACCGGAAACCAACCUAUUUCCUGGAACACAAACAUAGUGAAACUGGGACGCUCCCAGGACUAGACCUAAUUUCCCACUGGGCCUGGUGCCCCUGACCCCAGGCUCCUUUAUUCUCUAAGGGAACCUGAAGCUCACUCCAUUGUUUGGUUGUUUGAUAGGAUGAUGGUAAAGGGAGUUAGUCUCUUGUUCACAUUUUACACAAUUCGAAAAGCACCAGUUCCCCUUGUAGGACGCGGUUGCUGUGGGGAAUCCUUGGAAAUUUCCAGAGCUAUUCUGUGGAUAAACGAGCUGACAGGUAAACACUUCUCUCUUUUUUUUAUAUACAAUUUUAGCACUGCUUUGCAUCUUGCUUUUUCACUUACUAGUAUAUCUUGGAAACUGUUGCACACCCACAGAUUUGUACUGUCUUACCCUCUUAGUUGGCUCAGGCUGUCAUAACAGACACCAUUACCUGAGCAGUUGAAACAGCAGAGACUUACUUCUCACGGUCCUGGGGUUUGGAAGUCCAAGAUGAGCACACCAACCUUAUCUAGUGCGAGUGAGGACUGUCUUCCUGGCUUGCACAUGGCGACCUUCCUGCUGUGUCCUCUCUUGGCAUAGAGAAAUCAAGAAGCUCUCUGGUGUCUCUUCUUAUAAGGGCUCAAAUCCCAUCAUGGGGCCCCACCAUGAAUGGCCUCAUCCUCCCCAAAGACCCAUCUCCAAAUACCAUCGUGUUGGGGGUUAGGGAUUCAACAUAUAUUUCUUGUGGGGGAGCAUAGGGGUUUACAAUUUGAUCCAUAGCACUAAAAAAAAUUUUUUUUAACUUUUUACAUUUUUUUAAAAUUAAAAAAAAGAUUUUAUUUAUUUAUUUGCAGACAGAGAGAGAGAGAUCACAAGUAGGAAGAGAGGCAGGCAGAGACAGAGAGGGAAGCCGGCUCCCUGCUGAGCAGAGAGCCUGACAAGGGGCUCAAUCCCAGGACCGUGAGAUCAUGACCUGAGCUGAAGGAAGAGGCUUAACCUACUGAGGCACCCAAGCGCCCCCCAAUUUUAAAAAAAAAAAAUCGACAUAACAUCCAGAAGGCAAAUGUCUUAAUCCCUUUCACUGGCUGCAUAAUAUUUUACAGCGGGGUUGGGCCCGCAACAUACCACAUCAGGAUCCUAUGGAGGGUCGUGGGGUUUGAGUCCAAGCCUUUGCCUUUAUACACAGUACUGCGGUACAUCCUCUUGCACGUGUGCAAGUGUAUCUUGGAUAAACCUCUGCAAGUGGCAUCGCUGGGUCACAGGGUCUGUAGGUUUGAUUUUAAGGUAUGAAAGUGCUUCAAACACAUUCUGGGAAGGUGCUGGUUGCCUUAGAGCUGGGGGCCGCUCUGCGUGUUCGCUGACUGUGCUAUGGCGCCCCUGCUGGAGAAGCCUGGAACUGCAGCUUCACUCAACAGCACUCGCUUCCACCCUCUGGCUUGGAUUUAAUCCUAGACUGAGUAGAGAUGUUGAAUCUUUAAAAUGCACUCCUAAGGCUGGCAGAAUCUUUUCUUAGACCAACAGCUUUUUAGCCUGGCAUUUCCUUCGAUUAUUCGCCUAGUUUUCAUUUAGAUGGACUCUUUUUUUUCUUUUAAAGAAGAUUUAAUAUAGAGCAUCUUUAGGAAACAGAUUUCCCAAGUGCAGUUGAAAUUUGGGUCAGUUUAUCAUCUAGCUUUUCAGGAAUGAAUGUAUAUCACAUAUGGCAAGAAUUAUUCCUAUGAGAUGCUUGUUUUUUAAGAUUUUUGUGAAGCCAUUUCAUUAGAGAACUUUAAGUGUUGUAUCCUCGAUUAUGUCUCUUCAAAGAUAUAUAGUUUUUCUUUAAAAAAAAAAAAUUAGGGGGUGCCUGGCUUGCUCAGUGGGUUGGGCCUCUGCAUGGUCUCCGGGGCCUGGGAUGGAGGCCCACCAGGGCUCUCUGCUCCACCAGGAGCCUGCUUCCCCGUCUCUCUCUGCCUGCCUCUCUGCCCACUUGUGAUUCUGCUGUCAAAUAAAUAAAUAAAUAAAUCUUAAAAAAAAAAAAUUAGGGGCUCCUGGGUGGCUCAAUUGGUAAAGCCUCGGACUCUUGAUUUCAACUCAGGUCAUGAUCUUAGGGCCGUGAGAUGGAGCUUCACAUUGGCCUUCUCCGUGAGCAUGGAGCCUGCUUAAGAUCCUCUGGG